CAAAGUUGGCAGCAACGUUUCACAGCUUACUGUUUUCAUCCCCUUUCUGUUGAAGCUUAACAAAAAGCUUUACAACUUUUAUAUAUCGAUGUUCUCAAAAGAGUAAAUUGGGUUUUCAGAACCAGAAUGGAGGGCAAAGUUAUUGGGCCGGGUCCGUACAGAGCAACAAAGCUGUGGAAUGAAACCAUCAAACUCUUCAGAGGAGGCAUGCCGCUGAGAAGGCACUGGGCACACUUCCGCUACUUUGAUUGCAGUUUCACAGGAUCCGAGGCUGUAGAUUAUCUGCACGAGCUGCUGAGACGCAACUAUAACUUUGGACCUGAGGUGACUCGCUACCAGACUCUGCAGCUGCUCAAGAAGUUCCUGAAGGCCCACGUCAUUGAGGACAUCAAAGGACGCCAUGGGACAGAGGACUUUGAGGACAGCGGUCAUCUGUACAGGUUCCCGACACUUUCUCCCCUGAAAUCGUUUCCAACAAGGCCUCUGUUAAAGGACAGCAGUGACUUGCCCAGACUCAUUCGCUGGGAUGACUACGAAGAAUUGCCUCAGCGGGAAAACAUCCCACCUCAGAAGUCUGCUGUCAUGACCUCAGAUCUGUGGAACAAAAGGCACAGUGUAGCUAUCGGGGAUGUGCACGAAUGCAAGCUCAUACGGAGGAAGGAGAUCACGCCCAAACAAGUGGACCACAUUUGGAAAUCAAUGACAGUUGCACAUUUACAGAGAGUGUUGGGCCUACAGUCAAUGGAUGGAGUUUUAAACCACACACAUGUGAAUGACAAGCACAUCGUUCACAACGUGUUCAAGGUGAAUAGGACGGGUAUCGUUGUACUGGAGAAUAAAGCAGAGGACAUGCCGUAUUGGGUGAUUUCAGCCAUGAAAUGUCUCGCUAACUGGCCAAAUGGCAAUGAAACCAAACAGCCAAUGUACCCGGGUUUCGAGAGGGAUGUGCUGAGAACAGUAGGAGAAUACUUUCAGAGACUCAAAGAACCCCUGCUGACUUUCCAUCUAUAUGAAGUCUUUGUCAACAUUCUCAGCCUGCUACACAAUCAGGAGGUGGCCACUGAGGCCCUUCAAGUCAGCAGUCUCCUACUGCCACCACCCAACCGGAGACGCCUCCAGCUUUUACUGCGCCUCAUGGCUCGGGUCUGCCACAAUCCCCACCUGCCUCCACUCAAUGACACCAUUGCUACCCGCACACUGAUGGUGCAGAUGUUCUCCCACUGCGUCCUGGGCUCAGUAGAUGAGAUGGACCUGGACGAGCUGCUCGCCACUAAACUGGUGACCUUCAUGAUGGAGCACCACAACACCAUCUUCCAGGUUCCUUCCAAACUGCGUCGCCAGGUUGAAGAGCACCUGUCCCAUCUCAAAAGAGUCCAAAUCAAAUACGCAGGUUCAGACACAGACUUCAGUUCAUCUCCAGCCUUUUGUAAACAGAUCAGCAGGGUUGAGUCUGAGGAGCAGAAGGUGAUUGGAACACAGACCCCCCUGCAAGAGCUGCUCGAAGGCCUGAUUGCAGACAAAGAACUACCUGCCAAGGACAAGAAGAAACGGCUUAAACAGUUCCAGAAGUCGUACCCAGAAGUGUACCACCAUCGAUUUCCCACCGAAGAAAGCAAAGCUGCUGUCAUACCUGAGAAAACUCCUCGGCCCAAACCUCAUCUCAUGUUCUUCAACCUCAAGAAACCCUUCCAGCCCUUUCAGAGGAGCUGGAGUUUCAGGGCCUAAUCUCUCUCUCUCUGACACAUCUGCACUACAGGCUACAUUUACCACACAACACUAGCGCUAUGAGACAAGGAGCACUGAGGCUGUAAUGGUACAGUGGACACUUCUUAAACACCAUUUACCACUAUAGCCUGUUUAAAAAUAAUGACUUUGACUUUGUAGCACUGUUGAGACAAGUUUAUAACUAAAAGACUCAGUCAGCACAAAUACACAACAACAACAAUAAUAAUAAUAACGGUACAUGUCAAAUGAUAUCUAGCUGAGAUCUAGAUAGCCGCUAAAUAUUUUUAAUUACAUUUUAAAGCUUUAUCUUAAAGUAUAAAAAUAAGAAUAAAUGUUGACAGCUGAACUGACCCUUUAAGAACAAAAACUAACUCACAGUAAUGGUCCAAAACUUGAACAAAGAAUAGAAAACUUAAAUCCACUAGCACUAAAAAAAAACACUGAUGUUUCUUAAAAUAGAAAUACAUAAAGUUUAAUGUGUUGCUGCGUCCUCCUAAUAAAAAUACUGUACGAUAAAAUAGAAAGGGUUAGGAGUAUUAAUGGCUUAUUGCGGAUUAAUUCUAUACCUGAAACUAAAAUGAAUGAAAUGCAUUUCAAAAGUAUUAAUAGACUAUUAGAUGUUGCCAUUAAAGUGUGUGAACGUAAUCAUGUUCCAUUGUUGAGGCAUAGUUUUGUACAGUUUGAGAAAUGUUCAGAUGCAUUUCACCGUAUUACAAUUCACCUUGAAAAAGAUGAUGUCAUCAUGAUGUAAUAUUCUGCUGCAUUUCAUUUUUAAACGUGCUUGAUAAAGUGGAACGGGUCAUUAUGAUAAUGAAUCUAGGCAGCUUAGAGCCUAACCUUAAAAUAUCAAUGAACAUAUUGGGUGUCUGCUGAGAAAAGGGGUGGGGCUUGUUACAUAAAAAAUAAAGCUCCUCAUGAGCUGAGGUCACCAUUUGAUAUGGAACUACAAAUAUCACAACAACAGAGGGACAGUGUACUUAGUCAAGAUUUCAUUUGUAGAUGAAUUUUUUUCUGUAAAAAUAAAUCUUAUUCUAAAAAAAAAAA